UUUACUCCCCGGGCACCUAGUUGCGCAGGCGCAGUGGCUCUUAUGGGCCGCCAUUUUGUAUGUUAGGCCCACUCUUCCAAAGCGGGAGAAAAUUAUUAGCCCGGCGCGGAGCACUUACGGCCGUCCGCUGCAGGACUGAAAGGAGCUACUGUAGGCGCUGAGCUUCCAAGUGAACAUAACGAGGAAAGGAAGAAACCAGGACGCAUUUGUUGGCUCAUUGCCAUGGAGGCCGAGGUUGUUUCCAUGGAGUCCGCUCAGGUGACGGAUGGAAAGGUCCUGCCAGAGGGUGGAGAGGCCUUGACGCAGGGUGAAGUCGCUGGUAACAUGGAGAUGAUGGUGAUGGAUGCUCUAGACCCAACUCUUCUACAAAUGAAGACAGAGGUGUUGGAGGGAGGUGGCACAAUGACAGUUUCAGGUGGAGAUGAGGGCCAGAUCAUCACGCUUCAGGUGGUGAACAUGGAGGAGCAAGCAGGUGCAGCAUUAGGUCUGGGUCAGCUUCAGCUCGUGCAGGUACCUGUCACAACUACAACUGUAGACGGGCUCCAGGCUACUUAUGUUGAGACGUCAGUGGCUAACAAGGAUGCAGAGCCAGUUAUUUGUCACACUCUUCCUUUACCUGAGGGCUUCCAGGUAGUUAAAGUGGGCGCAAAUGGUGAAGUGGAGACUGUAGAGCAGGAGGAGCUCCAGGCAGCCCACGAGGAGCUCCAAGGGACAAGGGUGGAGGAGGAGGAGGAAGAGCCAGCAGAGGUGGAGACCUCUGUGCCCCCGCAAGACGACCCAGAGUGGACAAAGGACCCUGACUACCAGCCCAUUACUGCUGUCCGUAAAGCAAAGAAGGGAAAGAAGAGUCGCCUGCGCUAUGCAGAAGGCGAUCGUGACAUGGAUGUUUCUGUGUACGACUUUGAGGAAGAGCAGCAGGAGGGACUGCUGUCAGAGGUUAAUGCUGAGAAGGUUGUGGGCAACAUGAAGCCCCCGAAACCCACAAAGAUCAAGAAAAAAGGUGUUAAGAAGACUUUCCAGUGUGAGCUGUGCAGCUACACCUGCCCACGGCGCUCUAACCUGGACCGACACAUGAAGAGCCACACAGAUGAGAGGCCGCAUAAAUGUCACUUGUGCGGGAGAGCGUUCAGAACAGUCACACUGCUGAGAAACCACCUCAACACACACACAGGCACUCGGCCACAUAAAUGCACAGAUUGCGACAUGGCGUUUGUGACCAGCGGUGAGUUAGUGCGUCAUCGUCGCUACAAGCACACACACGAGAAGCCUUUUAAGUGCUCCAUGUGCGACUAUUCCAGUGUCGAGGUGAGCAAGUUGAAAAGGCACAUCCGCUCUCACACAGGGGAGCGACCCUUCCAGUGCAGUCUUUGCAGCUAUGCCAGCAGAGACACUUACAAGCUGAAGAGACACAUGAGGACACACUCUGGUGAGAAGCCAUACGAGUGCUACAUCUGCCAUGCUCGUUUCACACAAAGCGGCACCAUGAAGAUGCACAUCCUGCAGAAACACACAGAGAAUGUGGCAAAGUUUCACUGCCCACACUGUGAUACUGUCAUUGCACGUAAAAGUGAUCUUGGUGUUCACCUGAGAAAACAGCAUUCAUUUAUUGAGACGGGGAAGAAAUGUCGUUACUGCGAUGCUGUGUUUCAUGAGCGCUAUGCUCUCAUUCAGCACCAGAAGACUCACAAGAAUGAGAAGCGUUUCAGAUGUGACCAGUGUGACUACUGCUGCAGACAGGAACGCCACAUGAUAAUGCACAAGCGCACGCACACAGGGGAGAAGCCAUUCGCCUGCAGCCAGUGUGACAAAACUUUCCGUCAGAAGCAGCUCCUGGACAUGCACUUCAAGCGUUACCACGAUCCUAACUUCACCCCCACUGCCUUCGUCUGCAACAAAUGUAGCAAGACAUUCACUCGCAGGAACACGAUGCUACGUCAUGCUGACAGCUGUACAGGUGAUGCUUCUUUAGAAGAAAACGGAACUCCACCACCCAAAAAGGGACGACGUGGCAGGAAGAGGAAGAUGCAGUCCAGGAGGGAUGAUGAUGACGACGACACAGGUCUCGUACACAAGUGCUUGAAAAGCUGAUAUACAAAUAAUCAA